CAAAGUUGUUGUUCAACGAGCAGUGCGAAAUUCUGAUACCCGAAGUGUAUGUGACUAUUCGCAGGCAGCACAAACGGAUACAUUAACACAGGAAGCAUGGCAUCCUCACAGCUAAAGGUUCUGUCACCGAGCGUCCACUACACGGACGAACAUAUUGAGGUGGACUACCAGUACCAAACGACCACCGUGGUUAGCAGCGGCCCAAGCGGAUACACGGUGAAACCUGAAACUACGGAGUUGAACAUCCGCACGGAGCGCCAUGUUCCGCGGAUGGGCUUGAUGCUGGUUGGCUGGGGUGGCAACAACGGUUCGACGCUAACCGCCGCCCUCGAGGCAAACAAACACAGCCUGGAAUGGCGUACGCGUCACGGCACCCAGAAGGCCAACUGGUACGGUUCGAUCACGCAAUCGUCCACCGUGUUGCUCGGUUCGGAUGCAUCCGGGCAGGAUGUGUACAUCCCGAUGAACGAGCUCGUACCGAUGGUAAAUCCGAACGAUAUCGUCGUCGACGGUUGGGACAUCAGCUCGAUGAACAUUGGCGAAGCGAUGAAGCGAGCGCAGGUGCUCGAAGUUGGGCUGCAGGAUCAGGUGUACAAGCGGUUGUCGCAGAUGCGCCCUCGACCAUCAAUCUACGAUCCGGACUUUAUUGCGGCCAAUCAGGCGGAACGAGCGGAUAACACGAUCCAGGGAACGCGCUACGAACAGUAUCAGCAGAUCGUGAAGGAUAUUCGCGAGUUCAAGGCACAGUCAGGCGUCGAUAAGGUGGUCAUUCUAUGGACGGCCAAUACGGAACGCUUUGCUGAGGUGAAGGACGGACUCAAUACCACGAUGGCUGACUUGGAACGUUCGCUGAAGCAGAACCACUCGGAAAUUUCGCCGUCGACGAUCUUCGCUAUGGCUGCAAUUGCCGAAAAUUGCAUCUACAUCAACGGAUCCCCGCAAAACACGUUUGUUCCCGGUGUGAUUGAGAUGGCCGAGCACUAUGGUGCCUUCAUUGCCGGUGAUGAUUUCAAAUCUGGACAAACCAAGCUAAAAUCGGUGCUGGUAGACUUCCUCGUGUCGGCCGGCAUCAAGCCGGUAUCGAUCGUGAGCUACAACCAUCUCGGUAACAACGAUGGCAAGAAUCUCUCGGCCCCGCAGCAGUUCCGCUCGAAGGAAAUCUCGAAGAGCAACGUAGUGGACGAUAUGGUCGCCUCCAAUCACAUCCUGUACGGUGCGGACGAGCAUCCGGAUCACUGUGUCGUGAUCAAGUACGUGCCGUACGUCGGUGACAGCAAGCGAGCGAUGGACGAGUAUACGAGCCAGAUCAUGCUCGGUGGCCACAACACGCUGGUCAUUCAUAAUACCUGCGAGGAUUCGCUCCUUGCCACGCCACUCAUUCUUGAUCUGGCGAUUUUGGGUGAACUUUGCUCCCGCAUCCAGAUCCGGCGCAAGGAACAGGCCGGCGCAGAGUUUGUACCCUUCCGGUCGGUACUUUCGCUGUUGAGCUACCUUUGCAAGGCGCCACUCGUACCGCAGGGAACACCGGUGGUAAAUUCGCUUUUCCGUCAACGAACAGCAAUCGAGAAUAUUUUGCGCGCCUGCGUUGGACUGCCACCGCUCAGCCAUAUGACGCUGGAGCAUCGAUUCGAUCUGCCCAUCGGCGAAGCUCAGUCGGAAGCGGUGCAACACAUCGCGAAGAAGGCACGUGUGAAUGGCACAGUACCCUUGGCGAAUGGCACCAGCGAGAAAUGUAACGGGGUGCAUAAUGGUGACGCUCACCAUUCGGAGAAAGUGAGCAGCCAUUAA